AUGGUGCUACGAGCUCGUAUAUCUCUUAACGACUUGCAUCUCAUUGGUUCAUACGACCGAACUAUAACCGAUAAAAAUCCUUCUGACCUCUUCUAUGUACCCACCUUCGGACAAGCAGAAUUUAUGUUGAAAAACGUUAGAUAUAUUAUGGAAGGUCGUUAUAGACUACUGAGUACUCGUCUCAAUUUGGUACUGACCAUAUCAGAAAUUCAAAUGGAUGAUAUAUUAAUGGAGUAUCAGGGCAAUGUAUCAUCUCCUCCAAUCCGAUUAGAUAAACGAAAUAUCGAUACUUUCAUGGAUAGAUUAAAAAUAGAUUUGAAUCAAUGGUUGAAGGAUUACUUCAAUGAUUACCUUAUGUAUUUCGGCCUGUCUGGUAGAAGAGUGAAUUCAGAAUUCCAGAAAUAUGACAAAGAAAAAAGUAUUGCAUUAAACGAUUUCACAGACAACGCCAUAAAUGUAAUAAUACGAAAACUGCACCAGGUCAAGGCUGGGUCGGUUAAACUACCGAAGUUUACAAUUUAUGCUAUCAAUGGAAUGCAACUUCACUUAAGAGAUGGUGUAAUACGUGGCUUAGAUAGCAUUUACAGACGAUCCAUUGCAACGGGAAUAAAACAAAACGCUAUUCGUAAAAUUGAUGCUUUCGUUGGAUUUAGUAAUUUAAAGGUCACAUAUUCUUACGACGCCACUGUUUCUAUGGGUGCAGCUCCUCUAAGUGGCACCUUGACCUUAUCAGCAAAUGAGCUUGUAGCUCAUAUAUCUCUGUCUAUGGUCAAAGAUCCUGAAUCAGUGGACCUGGAGUUUGAAUAUAUACAGCAAGCAACACCGGAAUCUCUGACCAUAGAAGGCCCAGCGAACAGAAUGAUUUCCCAUUUCAAAUUUUUACUUGAAAGACAUGUAAUUGCUAUCAUGAGCAACACUUUGAUUCAUAAUAUUAAAAUGCUUAGCUCUUUAUCGCGCUGUGUUCCCAUAUUGGUACCGAAGACCGAUGAAGCUGAUACGAUUGAAAGCGACGAAAAUAUUGAUGAUAAUCAUAAAUUGAUUGAACAUGAUAAGUCUUUUGAUCAAGAUACAGAUAGUAAACCUAAUGAAAAAUUGACUAAGAAACAAAGUAAAUUUAAUUUGACUGCUGAUUACGUUCUUUGGAAGAAAGAUAGUGUUGAACUUGAGUUUCCGCCAAAACGUGGUUCAAAGAAGAAACAAAAGAUGUUCCUGAAAUACAAUGAAAAAUUUGCACUUGGAAAGAUAAAUUAA